UAAAAUAGAGAAAAGUGAAAACUUCACAGGUCGCCCAACACGACAAAAAUGAAAAUGUUGCAGGCUCGGUUUGAUUGAGCCUGUUCAUGGACGGUAGUGGAAAUGCAUGCUACCGUCCACGCCCUCGAGCAGAACAUUUACACAUGCUAAAAGUACAAAAAAAAACAAUUUAGAGACAUCCGCAGAUGUAUUCAAAGCCACUGUUAUAGCGAUACUGAACCAUCUUUAAUGAUUUGAAAUGUGUACAUAUAUACUUUAAAGUUAUUAGAUAAUGUUUCCUACCAAUAUCAAUGAAUUAAUUUAAAUCUUUGGAAAAAUCAAAUGUCUGAAAUAUCCAGAUUUUUAAUCGUUUUCUUUCUGCAGUAAAUAAUGCAUGAUACAGUUUACUAACACAUUUAAAAUUAUAAUACACUAAGAUCUGCAUAUAGUCGAAAGCAUUUUCCGAAAAUCAAAGUAUUCGUUAUAUAGGUCAGUGUGUCAAGUUUGUGAUUAUACUCUAAAAAAAUAACAACGCAUUAGGUACGAUAUAAAAAUCGACAUCUUUUCCCAGAUUUAUACAUUUGAUUUCGUCCGUUCGUUUUGUUUUGCCAGAAUACUGACUAGAUAUGAUGUUUUAAAGCGCUAAGUCUGUUGCAACAAGAUUAAUAUGACUCGCAAACAAUCACCCGGGAUGGGAAAGUCCAGCCGGAAAAUCAAGUCUUAUGCAUUACACCUCUAAGCGGGUAAUCAAGUACAACCAAGCACGCAAAUCAGCUUAUACAAUUAGGCAUGACUAUUCAUUAAGUUAUACUUACACGAUACUAUACCCAACAAUUUUUUACCUCCACAUAUUUUUAAUCUCUGCUUGACUGGUUUUAUCAUGAUUAAACAUAACUGUUUUCACAAUGAUAACUUGGGCUAUUUUGCGGAUUAAUACAUCACGGCAGAUGUCGCGCAAAAUCUGCAGAACUCGUGCAUAUAUCUCGAUACCAAUCUGACAAUCUACUAAAUUAAAUGCACACUAAGUCUUGCAGAAUAGUAUCCGAUGUCAGGAUAAGAGCAUAUUAUAUCUCUUGAAGACAGUAAGGUUGGAGGAAAAAUUGUUUAAUCUCGAAAAUGGCACCACUUACCGCAUAGCGGCCAGCACGAAGUUGCACUUCCCUUUUGAGUUACCAUGUAUCAAUAGCUGCAUGAGUUUACACUUAACUGUUUUCAAUGUUAUGUUUUAUAUAUUAAUCUAACUGAUCAUCUAAUAGUGUGUCUAAUGUCAUUGCUAUUCGUCAUAAUUUUAUGGAGGUAUGGAGUUAGUAUAGUUCUAGUGUCACCUGUUGAGUACAGUAAGGACAAUAAAGUAAUGUACGGCCGACGGAAAAUUAUGAAAUUAUUAUAAAUAAAAGCUAAAUCAUACAUGCUGUAAGUCAUAUUCCUAUGACUACCCAGAAUAUUAUGCGCAUACUCUAAGUCAAUGGAUUGAAAAAGAGUAGUUUUCUGGAAUGUUUAGACAGUAGGCGGACUGUAGUUAUUUUUAGACAGAACAGUCACUUGAUAUGUAAAGCAGACCCUGAUUACUAUUCACUGUAAACAAUAAUAUAAAUAGGGCUGGACACCAGCGGAGAACAUUGUACUAUUUAUGCGUUUGUCAACACUAUAAUUUUAGAACACUGUUCUCAAAGGUCAAAAGAACGGUCCAGGUAAUUAAAAAUGUUAAUGCUAUGUUUCUAUACACAUUUGUACAGCUGGUCAUACAUGCGCAUAGAUUUAGUAGCGUUCAGUUGCCUCAUUAGAGAGAAAAAGUCUAUUUCAUGAAGUGAGAGACGUUAAAGUAGUUCCAAGAGAAGAGGUAACUUUACAAUUUAAGGCCCAAGGCACAUUAAUUAAAGGGCCAUUAUAUUUGCACAGCUGUGGGUUCAUAUUUAUUUUUUAUUGUCAAAUUAUUUCAUCUUUGAAAACAAUCAAAGCUAUUUAAGAUAUAUUAUCAUAUUUAACCGCUCGUCGCUGAACAUGAACUUAAAUUCACCAAAACGAACUGAAACAAAUAUGUAAUUUGAAAGGAAUUCGUAUUUAAUAACAAAAUUGUAUUGCUUUAAGGUUCAUUAUUGUCCUGAGUUGUAAGAGACGUUUGCUUUUCUAUUGUAAUGAAACGUCAAAGUGUUUAAACAUUUCUCCGUCACUUACUGUUUGAAUUUUAUUUGCAAUCAUGGAUUAUUAUAUUUUUAUACAUUGUUCUUUCACCUAUAGUAUCCGUCUUAAUUCACUUUCUGAUACACCUUUUUCAAUAUAUUAAUACCGCACGAUAACUCAAACGAUAACAUGUUUGAUAGUUAUGAUUUUUUUCCAUUAAAACGUAUCAAUACAGAAAAUGUUUUUGUAUAACAUUACAGUAUGCACUAACCAUUGUAAUUUACAACCUUUUUUGAGUUCAACGUUGCAUAAGAACCAUACCUAUCAGACAAUAAUAUAAACAUGCUGUCGUUGAAAUUAUCGUGCGGGAGUAAUGCUUGUGUCUUUUGUUAAUGUUUUAGCGAUUGUUCUACUUAUUGUUUUUAUCUUCAUACUUGUGUCUAUGCUCCAGCUUUUACUGUCUCAUGUUUUAUUCUUUCCAAUUUCCUUUCUUAUAUAUUUUCCUUUUCAUCCAUUUUCAUGUCUCGUUCUAGCCUAAUUUGUAUUUGAUUUAUUUCAUGUAUCUAACCGUUAAUGUAUGUACGUAUAUGACCCAUAUCUACGGUUCCAUUUCUUCAGCACGGCCAUUUUGUCUUCUGUGUAAUGUACUUCUGGCUGCAGGCUGUUCAAUUUUCUAUUAACCUAUUUAAUUUCAUUUUAGCACUAUUUUGUACUUUAUCAAUGUUAUUUAUUUUGUCUGUAUUUAAUAACAGUUCUACUACAUUCUUUUCUUUGUAUCAAAUCAUUCGUUUCUGAAACGUACGUUUCUUGGCCUCAUAUGACAAGUUCAAAAUAAUAAAAAAAAUACUGUAAUGUAUUUUCACAAGGAAAUGCUUGUUGACCGUAUUCGGUUCCUAAGCCUCUAAACUAUAUUUCGCAAUAUUAAGUAUGUUUUAUGUAAGUUAUUGAAAUGGGAAAAGAAGAGACACUCACAAUAAAUGCCGAUUAGUAUGUUCUCUUACAUUGUAUGGAAGUAUAAUCAGUUGAUCCUAACUAUUUAACUACACUCGGUAAAUUUAUUGAAAACUCAGUUGAUACAUUUGUAUAAUUAGUUUAUUAUAUUUCAUGCAAGUGUUUUACUUUAUUUCAUUUUAUUUCAUACAUGAACUGGGGUGUACAGUCUGUUAAGAAUAUUUCACUGAUUUGAUUUCCAUUCGAAAUGAUGAUUUUUAUACUUUAAUUUUGUUUUUACUUGUUCUAUCAUGUCUGUGAAAUGAAUAUUGACAUAUCUGUAUAUCUUUUAAAUAUUUAACACUAACACUCUCAAAUAUUGUUUCAUUUAAUUUUGGACGUUUUGUGUCAGUUUAUUAACUUUUUGUUUACAUUAUUCAAAUUCCAUUAAUAAAUAUAAACAUGUUAAUUUGUUUUUUAAUAAUUCUAUAUCAAGUUUGAAAAAACUACCAAAAUCUUCAAAACGUUUUUUUUUUAACUUCCAAAUACAAAAAAUGAUGAAAACAGUACUCUUAACAAAAAUGGUACCGAAAUGAAAUGCAAAGACACUACUUUCUUAAAAGAUAUAUUAUUAGCAUUGGAAUUCGUAAAAAAUAAGAAAAUGAAACAGACGUAAGUCAUCUAAUGGUAUGGAAAAACUCGUUUAUACAUUUGUAAAAAUUAAAUCAAAAACAUUUUUUUUCUACAAAGCGUGAUAUGAAAAGAGCGUAAGUAUACACAUUUCUUUGACUCUAGGACAAACAGUUUCUAUUCCUUCCAAACAUGUAUGCAUAUUUACGAUUUGAAAAAUGUAGAUUAUCUAAGUAUUAAUUACAAAUUAGAACAACAUAAACUUAAAUGUUCAGCUUUUGACAGUAAUGGAGAAAUAAUGAGCUGUCUUAAUUAAAACACCCCAGGCGGAGAUAAAACAUCCAUAUCUUUGUCAUUCUUAUUUUUCUCUCCUGUUUUUUGUUUAUACUCUUCUUUUUCAAUACAGGUAUUUUCAAUCAUAUGGCCAUUUAUAACAGAUAAUGAAUAUUGAAAAAAAUGUCUGACAGAAGAAAGUCAAAUAGUCGUGCAUGUCAUAUGACAGUUCCUGCUAUCUUUAUUUCCAAUUUAAUUUCUUUUUUUUUCUUCUUCUUGUUUAAUUGAACUUAAACAUGAAACUUUUACAGGCAUUCAUAAGGAGUGUUAACAGUCAAAAUACAAAAUAAUGAGUUUCUGGUAUCUUAUAUUGAACUUUUAUUAUAUCCUUUUAACUCGAGGUGGGUGGGAUGUACUUGAUUUGUCGUAACUUUUUAAUAUAAUAAUGGAUAGUCACACAGCUUGCUUCAUGCAAUUUAGAAAAUUUUAAUAUGAAGUAGAAACAGUUUGCACAAUUGCUGAAAUUUGAAGUCAGCUACUUUAAUCUUAUCCGUAUUUCCUUGUAUCCUAACACUGAAGUACUAUCCAUAGCCUCAGAUUUGGUCAGUAUUUUGUUUAAAGUUGUAUACAAAAUCGUCAAAUUACUGCAAAGUGUUAACAGAUUUAAAUCAGUGGUGUUAUCAAUACGUUAAUGCGUAGAUUGUUUUUGACUUUAUCUGCUUUGAUCAGUUUAAUCUAAAUUUCCCGUUCGUAUAUAAUUGUAUCUUAUCAAUAUUAAUUGUUCAGAAAUUUGUUAUUGUAUGUUUUAUCAUGAUUAAUUUCUAUGUAAUCAGACGUUACAUGUAUACGUAAUAUAUCACUGAAUAUCAUUCGCGAUGAAUAUAAAAUAUCCUAUUGUAGCACGAAUAAUUUGUAGUGUGAUUAAAUUUCCGAAAUAUUCCGAUCUACCUUUUCUAGUAUAAUGAAGUUUAAAAUCGAACACAGCAUAUAUUUAGUUAUAAUUAGAACAAGGUUAGACGCGUUUUAAAAAUUAAUACCAUGUUCAGACUACGUUUUUAAUCCUAUAUUAACUUGGGUUUAUUUUUUAAACUCGUUUGCAUCCACACUAUAUGUGGUUUAAACCGUGAAUUAUGUAAAGGUCAAGUGGUUUCUGUAAUGUAGCAUUAAAACUACCUCGGGAGGUGGUUUUAAUACCAUACUAAAAAGUAAUACUACAUUAUUUUACAAGUGUGAACGCACAUGUGAGUUAUAACUGGUUUUACAAUACCAAAUCCACAGAUCUUACCUUUUGGUAGAAGAAUACCAUGUGUUUCUCUUUUGUACCAAAAAAUUGAUGCUAUGACUGGCAAAAGUAAUUGGAGUGUUGAUGAAACACAAACAUUGAAUUGCGAUAUGGAGUCAUGCUGAUGCUCAAAAUGGACUAUAGAUGGAAUGAACAGAAAUUCUUAGAUGAACACAGAAGUUUAAACAUUGAUGACUCCUUCUUGUUUCUGUUAGCCUCCUUCUUAAAAAAUGUUACCUUUUUUGCUUAAUGCAAAAUAUUUGUUAACUUCCAACAUUGCAUGUAUAUAUUUAAACCACAUUUCUUUGCCUAGUGUGGAUGCAAACUAGAUUAUAUUUUGAUGGGUUUUAAAUGUCAAAUACCAAUUAUUGCCAAUUAGUGCCUGAUAAAAAUAAAACAGAUCUGCUAGUGUGAACACGGUAUAAGUCAUAUAACAAAAGUUGUUUUUUUUUGUUUGUUUUGGGUUUAACGCCGUUUUUAACAGUAUUUCAGUCAUGUAACGGCGGGCAGUUAACCUAACCAGUGUUCCUGGAUUCUGUACUAGUACAAACCUGUUCUCCGCAAGUAACUGCCAACUUCCCCACAUGAAUCAGUGGUGGAGGACUAAUGAUUUCAGACACAAUGUCGUUUAUCAAAUCGUCACGGAGAACUUACGCCCCGCCCGAGGAUCGAACUCACGACCCCGUGAUCCGUAGAACAACGCUCUACCUACUGAGCUAAGCGGGCGGGUAUAACAAAAGUAACAACGCAGGUAAAUGAUAUUGAUAUCAAUAUAUCUUCAUUUUAAAACAUUUUCUAUUUUGAUAUCUGGUUUUGUAUUUUCAAUCAUUCUUGCCUAGAGAUAUACUGAAAUUAUCAGUAUAACAUAUUGAAGAAAAAAUACACUAGACAGCUUUAACACUUUAAAAUCAAUCUCCACUCUCCUUCGGCUGGGCGUUGAUGGAAAUACUGCUCCUCCUUAAUUAUGAAGAGAAAAAGUGUUAUAUUCAUUGUUAUGAUAUAUAUUCUAACCUUAUCAUGUAAUUUAUAAAAUAAUUCAUCUAAAAGCAGCUUCAAAGUAAAGGAUAUGGCUUUUAGAGUAAUAGAAAUGAUUUUUUUUUUAAAUCUGUCUUGAAGCCAGGUUUUUCCAGCGAUUUGGGAGUCAAAAUUUGUUUUCAAUAUGUUGACCAGAAUAAUUUUUUCAAGCAAAACCCAAGUCAGGGUGUUUUUUUAAAGCCCCCAUUCCCGACCCGCCCUCCCUCUCCCAAAAAUAACAAAUGGUCGGCCCCUUACAAACAAUCAUCCGGGCUAAGAAUACCUAGUAGACGUGAUGUUUUACCCUCAGAUACGUAAUAACUGAUAAAAACUGAUGAAAUUCAUCGUAAUGAUAUCUAUGCAACGAUACAUAGCCCGUUCAGUAACUUAGAAUCACAUGAGACUCCGGAGUGAUGAAUGUUCCAAACAAUUAAAAAGCAAUGCAUUUAGAAUGAAAACCGAAUUCCCAUUAUUUUCAUAUCAUACAAAAUGUGAGUAAUUUAACGUUUUGUAAAUUCUAUUACAGUUUAAAAUUGCUUUCGGUUUUAUCUCUUACUAAUAAAAUACUAAGUUACCGUUAAAAUCUUAUAUCGUGUGUCCUUACUACUAAUGAGCAACAUCUUUACUCAGCUUGGACUUUCACGUUUUUCAUGUUUGAAAAUAAUUUAAUGAUGUAUCAAAGUUCAAGUCAGUGCUAUAUUUGUGACAUAAAACGAAUAAAACAGCUGAAGGAUUCUGUCAAAAAAUCAAAGUUGUUAAUUGAAACAUAAAUCGUUAUAAUUUAUCAGUUAAGCGUUUUGAUAAUUAUUUGUUUUCCAGUAUAAUAAUAGGAAGUAAACUUACGCACAAUAUUUCAUUUGAUCAAGUUAUAUUUCAGUCUUAACAAAUAUAUGAUUAUUGCUGCCAUUCAGUAUUAAUUUUAUUUCUUUUACUUUUCUAUAUUGUCAUGAAUAGUUAAGAGAUGUUACACUUCCUGUAUAACUGCGUAGUCUUUAAAUCUCUUAAGUAACUUUGACUUGACUUGAGUAAUUGAUUUUCCUCCUUAACAGACAAAGUGCAUUUGGAGGAAACGAUAAUAUUACAAUAAAAAGCUUACAGCAUUUGUAAAAUGACGGCACCGGAUGUGAACCAGGAUCUUCUAGAUCUGUCUCCUUCUCACCCAAUAGCAGAAGGGCAAGAACAGAAAGGUCUUCAUCUGGAAUUGCAGCAACCAAACGACCAAGUGGUCUCUUCCACCAGAACGUGGACGGACAUAGCUUCACAACAAAACGACCCACUAGUUUCUUCCAACAGAGGUAACUCCUGGACAAGCAUAGCUUCAAGAAAUUAUGUACAGCCUCCAUUCACUCGAUCUGACCACUUGACUCAGCCAGCAUUUGGAAACGUGCAAACACUCAGCAAUUUGAACGCUCCAAACCUUAAUGGACGAAAUCGAAGAUGUGAAUUGUAUGAUAUUUCCAGCUACGAAGGAAGACUUGACACAUUCUUCGACUGGAAAGUACCUUUCCUUGAUAAAGAGGUCUUGGCUGAGGCUGGAUUUUGGUAUACUGGAACAAAUGACCGUGUCGUUUGUGCUGAAUGCGAAGGAGAAUUAUACGAAUGGCAGUUAGGGGACGAUCCCAGACAACAACAUCAUCAGCUGUUUAAAUUCAUAUGCUUUGAAUGAAAAGAGCUUUAAAAGCAGAGAAAAUUUUAAAGCGGUUUCUCGGAAUAGAGAAUCAUUUCAUUAUUUAUUAUAAAAAUUAAACCAAAAUCUUAGUAUUAUUUAAGAAAUGCAUAAGUUUAUUUAAAAAUAAAACUGUAGCCAUUAAACAAAUAGUUUUUCCUCUU